GAACUAGGUCUACCUUUGAAAUGUCUGGAUUACCUUUCUGCUUGUUGUGUGCAUAUAACAUAGGCUACAUAGGCCAUCAGUAAUGGCUACGGCUCCCGAUUUUAAAUGGUACAUUUCGGCAGACUGGCAACUUUAAUAGCCUAGUUUGCCUUACAUACUUUGCUUUAUCUCUGUUUACAAUUUAAGGCUAGAUGUGCUUAAGUGUCAAGGGAUAAAUGGACUACUAGGUAGCCUGCAUGAAGGAGAGCGUUUAACUAGCUACACUGCCCAAAUGAACAUACAUACAAAUAAAUCCUUUCAUUCUAAAAGCGAUGUCUUUUCAGUGUUGGCAAUGUAGCCGAUGAGAUCGACUUAAUUUAACUUAAUAAAUUAACAACAACGAUUCAGUUAAAUUAACAAAUAUUAAGUUGUUAACCUGGGUGGGUGAAACUAUUCAACUUGAAGCCGUAAGCUAUACCAGACAGGAGAAUCAGAAUUCAUGAAAUAUUGGUAAAGCAGUCCCAUGAUAAUCGGUAGGCUAACAUUAAGUCAGAAAAUUAUGUAAAUAAAACAAAUAUCGGCCCUCCUAACAACCAAUACAGUAAACGCUUGUAUUGACGCAAACGGAACAACAACUCACCUAUCAUUGGUCUACACACGAAAUAAAGGCUGGUCUUUUCACAAUUGUCUGGUACCAAUUGGUCCGUGAGACAGCACUCCACGGUCUUCAGAUAACCUUACGACAAUCUCAUUGGUUUUGGCAUGGUUGUCAGAAGAGGAGUGUGCUUGGGGUGGUUCUCAGUACUCGUUCAUAUUCUUUUCCAUCUUUAUUGUUUUUAAACUUGAAAGCUGGAAUAAUUAGGAGAACGAUGCUAUACAUGUCAUCUCUACAGACAGGCUAAUCUGCAUCACCACUAGGAUUCCCAUCUGCAUUGGAGUCGCAGCCGGCCAGUAUGAAGUCUGGCAAGCAGAAACAGCUGACCACUCAGAAGGAAUUUGGUGGAGCUCUUGGAGCCACCUGCAUCCCUGUCUUCCUGCCUCUCACUGUGCUCUACCUUCUGAGUGUGUGCCGGUCACCUACAGCCAGUGUGCUGCAGUGGCCCCCUCCCUUGCCUCACGCAACCUUCCUGUGGGACCCUGUCGCUCCAGUGAUUAUACUUGGUUGGGUGGCCCUUCAAAGCUUCUUUUAUCUUCUACCCAUUGGAAAGGUAUCUGAGGGAUUAGUGCUUAGAGAUGGUUCCAGACUGAAGUAUCCCAUUAAUGGUUUCUAUGCCCUGUGCUGCAGUGCUGUCCUAAUCGGUCUGGGCCUGUGGCUGAGUAUGCCGCUGGCGUAUCUCUUUGAGCUGAUGAUCCCUCUGGCCGUGUCUGCGAUUGCCCUGUCAUACCUGCUCUCCCUUUACCUGUACAUCAGGUCCUUCUGGGCGCCUGCUCAUGCUUUGGCUUUGGGUGGCAACACAGGGAAUCCACUGUAUGAUUUCUUCAUGGGACGUGAACUGAAUCCUCGCAUUGCUGGAUUUGACCUGAAAUACUUUUGUGAGCUCAGACCUGGUUUGAUUGGCUGGAUGGUGCUGAAUCUGGGAAUGUUAAUGAAAGAGGUGGAACUAAGAGGAUCUCCAUCUCUUGCCAUGCUGCUGGUCAAUGGCUUUCAGCUGCUGUAUGUCACUGAUUCACUGUGGAAUGAGGAAGCUGUUCUGACGACCAUGGACAUAGUUCAUGAUGGGUUUGGUUUCAUGCUGGCUUUCGGGGACGUGGCCUGGGUUCCUUUUACUUAUGGACUGCAGGCCAUGUUCCUGGUUGCACAUCCACAGUCACUCAGUCCACUGGGAGCAGCAGGAAUAGUCCUUCUAAAUGGAAUUGGCUAUUACAUCUUCAGAAAGUCAAACUCCCAGAAGAAUCAAUUCAGACGUGACCCCUCCCAUCGACAUGUGGCAAACUUGGAGACCAUUGCCACCGCAACAGGAAAGCGUCUGUUGGUUUCAGGUUGGUGGGGGUUUGUCCGGCAUCCAAACUAUCUAGGUGACAUUCUCAUGGCCUUGGCAUGGUCACUGCCUUGUGGGUUCUCACAUAUACUCCCAUAUUUUUACAUAAUUUACUUCACCAUCCUGCUCGUCCACCGUGAGGAUCGAGAUGAGAGGCAAUGCAGGGCCAAGUACGGGCUGGCCUGGGACACUUACUGCAAAAGAGUGCCUUACAGGAUCAUCCCCUAUGUGUACUAACUCAGAGACUUCUCAGUUGGACUGGCACAGGAAUAUCUAUUCACAACAUUGACUGGGACAGCAAGAAUAGGUCACCUUAAAGUGUGCCUGUCUAUGUCAGUGUACUUGACCGUUGACCAUUUUGUAAGUGACAGUCAAGAAUCCUUGAAUGUGAAAGAAAAGGCUACACAUCCACCAUCCUUGCUGUGUCUGCUACAGUAAUUCAGUGGGGAACACACAUGGCUAGCCUUACAAGGAGUGCCUAUGAUGAACAACAUAUGGAGAAUCAUACUUCCAAGGAUGUUUUACACAGGAGAUGUUUCUCAGAACAAGGACCACUCACAUCUUGUUUUAUGAAAUGUGCAGCACUUAAAACUACAUACUUUCUUUUGUUGAUAGUGUGCCACAACAGGUAGUAGCUAGUGUUGGAUGUGGUGUUAUUCACCAACAAUCAAACUUAAUACACUGUGUGGUUUCACGGUGUACCAGGUUUAUGACUACAAUUUAAUGCAAAGCUUAUCAUGCAAAAAAUGGGUCAUUUUAUGUUUCAUUUUUGUAUUUCAUAUGAAAUGUUCACAACUUUACUGGAAAUUAAAGAACAGCUUUAUUUGAGCCAAAA